UUGUUGUGGCCUUCUGGCGGAUUUCUUUUCCUGCCUGCACGCGAGUACCUCAAACUUGCCCUACCCCGCCCCGGAAGCCUCUGCGUGUUUUCGCCUUCUUCCCCUCCCACAACCCAUCUACCAGAAAACCUCACCCGGGGUUGCACUUUUUCCCUUAACAUGGCCAUAUGAACUUUCUUGCCGAUACUGUUCUGUUUCCUGUGCUACUUUGCGCCAAGACUCCCUUCCUCAGCAUCAUCUGCAGCUUCCAGGACUACGGCAACUUUCUGCACCUUCGACUACAUCUUUCCCAGCAUAUAGCUACCAGAGGGUGGCCAUCGCCGCCAUGUCUAGGCCGAGAAAGGUCGAGUGGGAGCUUAAGGAGCCUGAUACUGCCAUAUAUGUGGUGAAUCAUGUCUUCCUCCCGCCCCAGCUGCCCGGCAAGGACGACAGUAACCCAAUGUUAAACUCGGAGCUGCUUUCAAUGCUGCCAACCUUCCUCCAAAGCUUCAGCCUUCACAUCGCCCCCGCCCAGCGCGACGCGGUCACGUCUGUUGUCAAGAUGAUGCACAGAACGCAUCAGGUUCUCGCCGACAACGGGAAUAUUGACGAGAAGCAGCUCGCUGUGGUUCUGAAAGACCUUGGUGACUCUGGUGGAGCGGUCGCUCUCAACCUAUCGUGCCAGAACGCUGGAGUUAUUAUAACAAAGCAGGAUGAAUCGGUCUACAUCGAAGCUUUCGAGCUAUGCCCCAAGAACCAGACUGCCAUGGAGUCCCCGGGUAGACUCCGCCGCCGGUUUCCCGACGUGGCAGCUGCUGUUCCACUGAACAAGUUUGAUGACGUCGGUUUCCGCGCCAACCUUGUCCAUGUCCUGUCGACUUUGUGCCAACAAGCUGCCCCAGGUACUCGCCCGCGGGUGAUGAAGGCAAACCAGUCUCACGAGGAAAAUCGGGAUACUGUUGACCCAAUGUGGGCCACUGAGUGGCUUCUAACGGGUGUCCUGGCCACCGACGCCAAGCCUAUCGAUCGACCGGGCAUAUGCAAGAAAGUCCGUGAUCGCGUGCUGUGGAACGACAGUUUUAUGCCAUGGCGCAGGUCGCCUGCUUGGCUUCUCGCCCGGGUCGCAAUCCAGAUCGAUUUCUCGCGGGAGUCGGCGGGCGGCCAUGAGCUGUACAAACACCUCAUGCUCUUCAUGACAGCCUCGAUCCUCGACAAUAUCCCAGCCAUAAAUCUGUCCAGCGACAUGAUGUAUACCAUGUGGGCAAAAGUUGCACAGCGGAAGCGGAAGCUCGUUCAGCUUUGCACCCAUACGGACGAUGGCGUCCUCCGGUACGUCGACAGCUGCAUGGACAGGGCUAAGGCCGAGCUUGCACGCCGCCAAAACCUUCUGUCCCAUGACCCAGCUCCAGCCCUGCAUAUCGCGCAGCUCCAAUCGCUCGACUUUUCCAGUGAUACCUCUCACCGACUGCCGGAUUUUGAGAGCUUUCUCGAGUCUAUCAAGGACCGCAAGCAAACCUUGCGCGAGGCUUCCUUCAACCAGUCUGACUGCCCUGGGGAGUUCAACUCCGGUUCCCUGCCCAGUCUCUACACCAAUGCGACCGACUACACAGCCUUUACCCUCGCCGCUUUCGAAGAGUGGGUGGUCAAAUAUCUGGAUGAGUGGCUUGUGGCGCACAUCGCCGACCAGUAUACGUGUCGCGACUUGGCUUCUCUCAUGAGUUCUUACGAUCACCUCGCGAGCCCCGAGUACACGAAGAACCCCGAAGGUGCCUCUGUGCUUGUCCUUACGGCGCUCGAGCUCUGGAUAGCCUGCGACAAAUCAGCCACCCACCUGUGCCCUCUUCUUAAGGAGUACAAGCCGCACGUGCCUGCCCAGCUGCUUCAGUCACUCCUUCUUCCUUUCCGGGAGCAGAUGAAGAGGCUCAGGAAAGCCGAGCUAUAUCUGGAGCAACGUUCUCUGGCCGCGAGCCCCUCACUACCCAAUAUUUUCCAGAGAUUCGCCACCCCAGAAUCCUUUGCUGUGCGCUACUAUUCGAGAUCCCGGGAGCUUCAGGAACUUUACCGUAGUAUCACGGACGACGCAACCAGGACUCGAAAGGAGAAGAUUGCUGAGCUCUCAAGGCUCCAGGACCGCUACAUAACCCUGAAGUCCCUGAGUGACAGCCUCAGUUGCACCCAAGUCCAAGUCUGGCACCGCUGGAGCGGGUUCGUUUGGGAACAUGAUGGUUGCUGCAAAAAGUGCGCCCUCCAGACCGCGAUGAACUGUAUCAAGAUCGACAUUCACGAAUGGCCUCUUCCUUCUCAGUUCCUGGCUGCCCAGGCAGCAGUCUUCGAGCUUGGCGGACCGGCUUACUUCAGCUUCUGGCGGGACGCGACGGCAUUCCUUGUGCUGAACGUUCUCCAGUGUCGCUACAGUGCCAAUAAUCGUCAGAUGGAGUGUCGCCUGAGUGGCUACCAGGCUCUGUCGGGAUACGGCGCUGCGCAACUUCACUCUCGGCGUAUCGCUUUAUCCUCAUCGACCAAACCCCAUGUCGUAACGCACCGCAGUUCAAAGCAUGUUGCUGGCCUUACCGGAUCCGACGUGUGCCUGAACAACGGCAUGACCUACGCAUAUUAUGAUAACGUCAGCUCCACGUACGUCCAUGAUUUUCAGGCCGUCGAAGACUCUCCGCGUCGUUGCAUGUACAGCCUUCCUACAGAAUCCCAAUGGCUCGAGAAGUACCUUUUCCGGCCCAGCUACAUGCCGCAGGGACAGCCUCCCAACCUGGCCAUUGCAAACCAGCACGAGGUUCCGGACUCUUUUUCUCUGCCCGAAUUUAGGGCCUUGGCCUCUAUCCCUUUGGGACACAAAAUUCAGUGGCUCAACAUCCUGUCCGAGCUGGCCAGUUCUUCCGUCGACUUCCGGAAGGAUCAAACGAGCCUCGUUCUCUUCCAGGCCAUGUAUCAGACAGGACCGCCGGCCGAUGGUUCGGCUCUGAGAGAGGGUCACCAGGUCCUGGACGACGUCGACUUCUGCCACAAGCUUGUAGCUCAGCUUCAUGGGGCAGCGGGCCGAAUCAAGCAAAACUGGGAGUCAUCCCAGGCGCUGGCGAACUUCAUUUUCAUCGCCACACGAAUCCUGACUUUGUCGUCGGCAGAAGAUGUGCAUAAAGCCUGUUUGAAAUUUCUUACAGAAGCUCGUCACAUCGCAGCGUCCUGGCUGAAGCAGGUCCACACCAAAGCGCAGGCGGCGACAGAGGAAGCAUUCCGCUUGGAACUGCUAGGAAAGACUGCCGAGCUUGCUCUUAUAUGUGUCGCAACAUUCGAUGUUGACGACGAGCCCCACCUCCAUUUCCUCCUGAGUAACGCCAAAAACACGUCGGUUCUAAUCCAGUGCUGCAUCAGUAUCCAGGAGUCUCUUCUCCCAGACGUCAUCAAAGCACGGGGCACAAUCUUGGCGCUCAUGAUCAUGCGCUGGAAGCGAGUCUGCCAUCGGGCCUCGACAUAUCUCUCUCGCGCUCUCACAUCGGCGGACUGUCGAGGUAUUAUCAAAGACAACAAAAUGGUACAGGAUAGUGGAGACCAAACGGGAAAUGGCCUCGACGACGCCAUCCUUCAAUCCUGGUCGGACUACCGCAAGGGCGGUCAUUGGAGGCGUCACUCAAUGUUACUGCAGCAUUGGCUAGUGACAGAAACGACCCCGAUCAACGGUCGCUCGCUGGAUGUCAAGUACAACCUGCUAACGGGCGAGCUUCUCGUCAACAACCUUCCAUUGUCCCGGCUUCCAGCCGAAUAUGAGCGUCAUACAAUCUUCCAGCACCUUUUCGGAAACACGAUCCUCGACGUUAUGCCGUCUAACAUCCCUGGCAUGCAGUUUAGCGUCAAGGCCAUUGUUUCGGGCUACACCGUAAACCUCGGGCAGCAAGAUUCUGGAGACCUCAUCAUGUCCGCCACGCACCGCGGUACUGGUGUCACCUUCCAGAUCAUUCCCGCACGGCUGUUCAAGCGGCAUCUUCCUUCCUCACUUGUCCACGACUGCACGCAUUGGUACAACACGGCCAGAAACAGCGUUGAAUUCCGUCCCAUCCGGAGCUCUUGGCAGCAUCCUCCUGCAGAGGAUAUCUGGACUUUGAUAAGGGUGGAGGAUGGAGCUUGGAGGCUUCAGAAGGGCCCACGACACCUGGUUUCGCGGCACAGCAGAACUGAAAAGGCCAUCGCAGCAGUGCUUAAUCCUAUCGAGGACGUCCAACAUCUGCACGUAUGCCUUGACACAAGCACCGCGCCCUCUCGUCUCGACGUCGAGGUUCCCAGGCUACGGCUUCAAUUUUCCCUCGAGCCCAAGUCCAAUAAACUUGAGUCCCACCAAUACCGCGGGAUGUGGAUCGACUCUGAUUCCCAGUCGAUCGGAACGCUCAUAGGAUUAACUAGCAAAGUCGUGCUGGUCAGCAGCGGUGGCGCCCGGCUGCUCCUUGUGCCUGACGGCAAGGUCCAGUGGGGCAGGACGGCAAAAUUCACUGAAGACCCGGAAGGCAGCAUGCACGUCUCUGUAACCGUCGCCAAAGGCACCUGCUCAGGGGUUCGCACCUACCGAAUCGAUACGCAGCUUGGCCGGCUAGUCGACGAUGGCAGCUUCAGGGACCAAAUUUACCUCGCCUUUCUCUUUGCCAUUACGUCUUUUCCCCACCCCGACCCCCUCACCGCCCACACGGGCACCGAGCAGGCCUUGAUGAUCCUCCAAUCUGGUGCAGUGAGGUCUCUUUCCCAGCUCGGUGACGAAAACCUGGCUUUGUUGGUUCAAAUCAGCCAACUUACUCCUUCACGGGCAUUUUAUCCUGAUUACUUGAAGGAGAUGGAGCAGGUGGAAUGGCAGCAAAACCUUGGCUUCCUUUCCCAGCACUCACAAUUCUUCAUAUCAGUGAAAGCUCUUCUUCAACAAGCCGACCGCCACCAGAAGCUGUACAGCCCAGGUUCGAGUCUCAGCUUUGUCGACAGUCUGCCCCGACUGGAAGAAUCCCUUAUCGAAUAUGAUCUCGUCAACUCUGCCUGGUGCAGGACAUCUGGCUUUGGUGCAGAGAACUUUACGACGACUUUCGAUCGGACUUAUCAGGGCAGAGGUCUUAACUGGGACGUGGCGAGAGCCAACGCGUGCUUUGCCACGUCGAAGGUCAUCCUCUCUGGACAUCCUCGGUUGUCCGCCAACGUGGAACCGCACUCUCUUCAGUGGCGCCUCUGGCGCUGCUUUCUCUCUGCAGGCACAAUAGAGGGUCCGAAAAAGCCCGUACCGUCGUCCUAUCCCUUGGCAUUUGACUUCUCUUGGCUCCACGACAACACAACUGUCCUCAAUCAUAUCUGCCACAUUCAAAAUCUCCUUGGGAAGCAGGCGUUUGCCUGUCGUCACAAAGUCAUGUCCUGGAUGUCUGCGAUGGUUUUUGCGGCCAAUUCGGCACGGGUCUCUGCGUCACACGGCCCCUUAUUCGACACCCUGAUUCUUCGGGUGUUGGAGGCCUUCGUCUUGGCCCCUGCGAUGGCUCAGAUUGCCCCGCCCGACUUUGAUUCCUUCAAUGUCGCAGCCGGCUACAAGUUUCUCGCUUCAGAUAUCAAAGAAAUCCUCGAGUCGGAUGCAUACGAAUUCUGGGAAUGUCCCGAGUCGAGGCUAGCCCAGUUCGAGAGCGAGGACGCCGAGGAGUUCAAUAAGCGUCGAACCAAGGCAUUUCAGCGCAACAUGGACGCUCUGGUGGCCGGAUUUAUUUCGUCACUGGAGGGUCAAUGGCCAUGUGCCUCGCCUACUGCGCCGUCGGCGUACGAAUACUCGACGUACUUCCCUGUACCUCGCAUUAUGGCACAAGUGCGAGACAAGCUCACGAUCUGGUACCGCAACCACUGUUUCUACGAAUACCUGGGCAAGAUCGCGGAGGUGAUGAAGUUGCAGGAAGUUGCCACACCUGUGGAGGCACCCAAGCCACCUCCCGCUUGUCUCGACAACCAUCGCAGGAGCUUCAAGGGGUUCGUCUCCGUCGACGACAUCUUUGGAAGCCAUGAAUGCCCUGACAUAUCUCCCCUCGGUAACCGCCCCGUUCUUUUGCUCCCUGAGACGGCGGCUGCUACCCGGAGAGUUCAUGGGACCUCGCCUCCGCGCGUGAGAUUACUUGGGCGGAUGCUGGAGUUCAAGGCAAAAUCCGACUUCGAACGCCGCUACAUUAAGGACCUCGAUCAUAGCAUAGAGGCCCUUCAACAGAUUUCGGAGCGGGCCCCGCUAUCCUCCGAGGACCUCGAGACGGUGAAGCAGGAGAUGCAGACCUACUUUGCCAAAUGCCGACGGUAUCUAGAAGACCUGCACGCUGCCCUGGAGUUCGCAACCAUCGGCAUCUACGGUGCAGACGGCCAGCACACUGCUCCACUGCCACGCAUCUGCCCGGCAUUCUUCCUGUCGCAACUCGCGGCUUACCGAUGGAAGGCCAUCCCUGAGUCCUGGAAGCCGGUCCUCAUCCGCUUCGCUUUGGCCCAUCACGAUAUCCAGCGUGCAGAGCGGCUCAUCGCGUCUUCGCGCAACGCCAACGAUCUGGCCAAGGAGCUGGCUAACCUGGGGCAUAUUAACUGGAAACCAGAAGAGCUUCCAUCGGCUUUGCUUAUGGAGGUCGAAAGCAACAUUACUAUCCGUGCCAUGCAAAUCGAUAUCGCCUCGACAAUGAUUUCGCCUCCCAACGGCCGCAACUCUGUUAUGCAGCUAAAUAUGGGAGAAGGCAAGAGCUCUGUUAUCGUUCCCAUCGUCGCUUCUGCACUAGCUGACGGCUCGCGACUUGUCCGCGUUGUCGUUGGCAAGGCACAGGCGCCGCAAAUGCGCCAGAUGCUGCUCUCAAAACUCGGCGGACUCCUAAACAUCAAAGUUUACCAACUCCCGUUCUCCCGCGCACUUCGGCUGGACUCCACUCAGGUAUCCUACAUUGCAAAGGAUUUACAGGCCUGCCAGGCCGAAGGUGGCAUUCUGUUGGUGCAGCCUGAACAUUUGCUGUCUUUCAAACUUAUGGGCCUCGAGUCUCUUAUCAGUGGCAAAACCUCGGUCGGCGAAGCACUUCUACAAACGCAACGCCUGCUCGAUUGUACAUCGCGGGAUAUCGUGGACGAGAGCGACGAAAACUUCAGCGUCAAAUUCGAGCUGGUCUACACAAUGGGGGCGCAGCGACCCCUAGAAUUCUCGCCCGACAGGUGGCGCCUUCUGCUGAACGUCCUUACUGUCGUUAAAGACCUGGCUCCCUCUCUCGCCCAGGAGAUGCCCCACUCGAUAGAGAUCAACGACAUCCAUGGCCUCGGUUCCUUCUCGCGGCUUCGCAUCUUCGGCCAUGAAGCCCAGGACCGCCUGACACGUGCGGUGGCUGAACGGAUUUGCAAAACCGGUCUUCCUGGGCUCUCGAUUGCCCGACAGGGUCCCAAAUCACGUGCGGCUCUCUUCACCUACUUGACGAAGCCAGACUUAUCCUUCGAGGAGACAUCGGCGGUUGAGGAUGCUGGCGUCGGCGGUUUCUGGAGCGAAUCAACAAAGCGCCCACUUCUGCAGCUGCGGGGCCUCCUCGCUGGCGGGAUCCUGGGGUUCGCAUUCUCGCAGAAGCGAUGGCGUGUCAACUACGGCUUCGACCCGAAUCGAAAUCCACCAACGCGUCUUGCCGUGCCUUACAGGGCCAAAGACCAGCCAAGUAGCCGCAGUGAAUUUUCCCAUCCAGAAAUUGUCCAGCUUUUGACGGCGCUGAGCUUAUACUAUGGCGGCCUGUCCGACGAAGACCUGUUCGUCGCUUUCACGUACCUCCUCAAAUCGGAUCAGCCGGAGCAAGAAUACGACGCGUGGGUAAAGGAUGCAAGCGCGUUGCCGUCAACAUUCCACCACCUCCAAGGCGUCAACAUUACAGAUCGUGUGCAGUGUACGGAGCACAUUUUCCCGGCUUUGCGAUAUGCCAAGGGCGCAGUGGACUUCUUUCUCAGCCGGGUGGUAUACCCCAAGUACUUGAAGGAGUUCCCUUCCAAGCUUAGUGCUUCGGGCUGGGACCUCGGCGACGUCAAGGUGCAUCCGACCACCGGAUUUUCGGGUACGAACGACUCCCGCGAGCUGCUUCCCCUAUCGGUCAGCCAUCUGGAUCUGCCUGAGCAGAAACAUACAAAUGCUCUGGUGCUCGAAUACCUGCUCCGGGAUGAGAACGAUGUUAUAUCUAUUCCAUCGAGAGGGACAAGCUCGUCGGAUACAGAUGCCGAGCAACUUCUCAACCUGGUCGUCGGCAUGCCCAAGGAGGUUCAGGUUAUCCUGGACGUCGGGGCGCAGAUCCUAGAAUUGAGCAAUUUCGAGGUUGCCUAUAAGUGGCUGAAGAUGCGGGGACAUGGCAAAAAGGCAUGCGUGUACUUUGAGGACGAUGACGAAAUGUGGGUUGUGGACCUGAACGGACACAAGGAGCCUCUUCUCACGUCGCCGUUUGCUCGACAGCUCGAUAUGUGCCUUAUCUUCCUCGACGAGGCGCAUACGCGAGGCACAGACCUGAAGCUCCCUGACCAUUACCGAGCUGCACUCACUCUUGGUGCCAAUCUUACCAAGGACAGGCUGGUUCAAGCCGCUAUGCGCAUGCGAAAGUUGGGAAAAGGACAGUCAGUUACAUUCUGUGUCCCGCAGGAAAUCCGAACGAAAAUCAUGCAGCGGGCCAACAAGCAGGAUGUAGCGAUGGGGGUCAUCGAAGUCCUCGAGUGGGCCAUUUCGGAAACCUUCACCGACAUCCAGCAAAGCAUCCCUCUGUGGGCCGUGCAGGGCCGCAGGUUCGGCCAUCAGAAAUAUCUAUACGACCAAAAGGAUAAUGGCGAGAUCACGGAGGCUCUGGCGAGCAAAUUCCUCGAGGACGAAGCGCAAACCAUCCACGACCUCUACUGCCCAGGCAAGCAGCCCCCUAAGGCCUGUUGCGGAAAUGUCGACCGUCACAAUGGCGCGGACGACAUCGUGGCUCACUGCUCAAAGUUUGGUGCCGUCAGGUUCAACUCGGCGGCCCUGCACGAAGAGCAGGAACGUGAGCUCAGCCCAGAGGUCGAGAAAGAGCGUCAGAUUGAGAAGCCCGAGCCGGCCAAGCCGGCCUGCCACAAGAUUUACCCAGCGGUGCGGCGCUUUGUCCGAACUGGUGAUUUCACCAAAAUCAGCAUGGGUGAUCUCCCAGCUGCGUUCCAGACGCUCGCCAACACGAGCGCUGCCGGCAAUACUGUGCGCCUUGACCAGUUUCCCUGGCAGCUCCGCGUCACGAAAGAUUUUGCGAAGACGAUCGAAGCCCCAGAUGGCUCGGCUUCAGGCCUACCGAACCAAUAUGAUCAAUAUCAGCGCAUGGCUCGAUUCAUCCUUACCAGCACUGGCGGCGACCUUUCGAAUGUCGUCCGGCGUAUCGUAAUAAUCAGUCCAUACGAGGCCCAGGAGCUGCUUGCUGAGAUCGAAAAGUAUGGCAAGGUGACCCUGCAUAUUUACGGGCCCCGUUCCACCAUGAGCUUCGCACCCCUCGACCAUCUCCUCCUGCAUGCGCGGCCGGCUCCGCCUCGCGACUGGUCGUGCCCGCUCUGGUUAACGGCGCAGCUGAACGUCUUCGCUGGCCAGCUCUACAUCAAGUCGUUCGACGAGUACAAAGUCAUAUGCGACAUGCUCGGCCUGUACUGGAAGGUCAGCGACGCUGACGGCGUCCUGGUUCACGCCGACGGCUUCAUCGACCCGUCCUCGAGGGGCGCGUUGAAUGACGACGGCAGGGCGACCUGCACCUUUACGCAAAGCCCGGUCCCGUUUAUCAAGGUCCUUAUGACCAAGAUCCGGCGCGACUGCGAGACCAUCGCCGAGACGCACAUGGGCAAGAUUCUGAACGGAGAGGUUCUUCUAGAGGAGCAGUUCGAGUCUUCAACUCCUGUCUAGCACGACGUGUCAGCCGCAAGGCAUUCUCUCUAGGCAGGUCGGGAUGCUUCCAAGUACGGAACCUCAUCCGCCUCCGCCGCAACCAUCACGCUCCUGAGGAACGCUCGUUCAGCAUCCGAGGCGGCGCCAUCACAUCGACAACCAGAGCCACCGAGGCCAAGGACUUCAAAACCUGGUCCGACUUUCUGGAGUGUCUUGUCAAUUUUACCCGUAUAUUCACCCACUUUUUCGGCGAGCAACACUUAAGCGUGAUAACGGAGAUAAUGGGCCUUAUCACAGACCUGCUCCUAUAUGUUAGAGGCCAGGCUGCGGCCUAGCCUCGAGGGCAAAACCUCAUGUCGCUGAGGGGUGGCUGGGAUCACACGCAUAAGUGCGGUUCGCACCCGCAUCUGUGAAGCAGGCUUAUCCUUCCUAAUCUUCGUCGUACAAUACAAGCUUUGUUGUGCCUACCGAUUGGCCGUGCCACUGCAGGCCCCUUACACUUGUGUGCGUUGGGUGUAUAGAGACCC